UCUCUUUUUUUAGAGUGUGAUCAUAUCAUAUUAUAUCAUACACACACACAUAUGUAUAUAUAUACGAAUUAGAAUCAGAAAAGCUAUAAGCAAAAGCCAUUGCUGAAGAAAAUGAGCACAGCAAGGUUUAUCAAAUGUGUGACUGUGGGAGAUGGAGCAGUGGGAAAGACUUGUAUGCUCAUUUCUUAUACAAGCAAUACAUUUCCAACGGAUUAUGUCCCCACAGUGUUCGACAAUUUCAGUGCCAAUGUGGUGGUCGACGGUAGCGUUGUGAACCUAGGCCUAUGGGAUACUGCAGGGCAAGAAGAUUACAAUAGGCUAAGGCCAUUAAGCUAUAGAGGAGCAGAUGUGUUUUUGUUGGCCUUCUCUCUGAUAAGCAAAGCCAGUUAUGAGAACAUUUCCAAAAAGUGGAUUUCUGAGCUUCGGCAUUAUGCUCCUCACGUGCCAAUUUUGCUUGUGGGAACAAAACUUGAUUUGAGAGAUGACAAGCAAUAUGUAAUUGAUAAUCCUGGGACAACUGUAAUAACAACUGCACAGGGAGAGGAAUUAAAGAAAUUAAUUGGUGCAGUCAUGUACGUAGAGUGCAGCUCAAAGACUCAGCAGAAUGUGAAGACAGUUUUCGAUGCUGCAAUAAAGGUGGCUUUGAGGCCACCAAAACCAAAGAAAAAGCAACGCAAGCAAAGAUCAUGCUCCUUCCUCUAAAUUCCAAUCAUGUUAAUAUUCAAAUUAUCAUAAUAUUAAUUUGUUCUUUAAAUAUAUAUAUAUAUAUAAAAAUACAAUAUAGCUAAUAUUAUGCUUUUUUUUUUUUUUUCUCGACAUUUGUUAUUGUAUUGGAUUAUACAAUUUUUUUCUUCUUGUUGUUUCUUGUGAAAGAAGGAAAAGCCAGAUGUAUUAAUUUGUUAUAAAACAAAAAUAGCCAAGUUCUAUAUAUACAUGAA